AUGUUGCACAUAUCACUCUUUCAAGGCUUGCUAGUAUGGCUCUUAGCCGUGACCAGCGCAACUGCUGCAUCAAGCUCUUCUAGUGCUGCUGUCUCUACGAGAAUCCCUAGCUCUUCAGUCUCCACUCCUGCUCCAUCUCAGUCUGUUGUGUCAAGCUCGGGCACAACCUCUACACUCCUUUCUUCCAGUAUGUCAACUAGCUCGAGCUCUAGAUCCAACUCUUCUGCUGUUGUUCCGAAAUCCAGUUCGACCACAUCCAGUUCUGUGUCGAGCUCUACGAUCUCUUCCUCUACUUCGCUGGUUGCUUCUGCAACUCCGACUAGCUCGUCCAUUAUGAUUGUUAUUAACAUUUCAAAGCUCUUCCAGCACGAGUCAGAGCUCUACAGCUGUGAUCAGCUCUUCUCGGCCUAUCGUCCCUUCGUCUACAUCGUCAUCAAGCUCUUCUGCUUCGACGACUACACAACCCGGCUCUUCUCAGCCGAUCACACCAAACACAAGCCAGACAUCUACCUCAAGGUAUUUAAGAUAUUCCCUCAAGAUCAAGAUUUGAUUAUUGACACGUUCUUCAUCGGCAGUUUUCAGACUUCUUCUGCAUCCUCGACCUCAGCAUCUGCGACUUCGACCACGCCCUCCAGUUCUUCUAGCAUUUCAAGUGCCCCAGUUACCUCAUCAUCCAGUAGUCCAGUGGCUGUACUAGCAUCGACAAGCUAUGUCGUUACCUCAGGGUCGUCUACCAUCACACCUGUAUUCCAACAAACGACAUACUCGCAAUACUCAACUUUAUCCAGUACCCUAACUUCUAGCACUACAGAGUCUAAUGGUCACGUCGUCCCCCUUAUCAUCUGGCCCGGUGGACUAGGAUGGACUUGUAUCCUCUUCUGUGGCGGUGGUGGAGGUGGUGGUGCCGUUUUCGGGGGAGAUAUUCCUUUUCCAACUGCUCCUCCUGAAGAUCCAAAUGCCACUCCAACCAACACAGAUACACAGCCAACAUCGACAACACAGUCCAGCUCAUCCAGCAGUUCCUCGAGCUCGUCUAGCUCCUCAAGUUCCUCCGGAACCUUUUCGAUUUCCGUCUACCCUUCUGGCAUUGCGGAUAGUUUUGACUACGUGAGUGCAGACGGUUCGAUAUCAUCCUAUCUGGCAAAGAUCCGUAGCGCUAUUAGCAGCAUGGAUAAUGGAAGCUCCUCCGUGGCAGUCCAAUCUUCAAGUUUCACAACAUCGGCGUCACCGAGUCCUUCUAUUCCGGUUACUACACCAACUUCUACCACUAUGCCUGUCUCUUCCACUUCGCCCGCGUCUACUACUGGUACACCAUCACCAUCUAGCACGCCUGUAGUCUCCACGUCUGCAUCGUCAACACCAGCACCAAUCUGUAGCGAGGGUAACAACUCACUUAUGGGAUUCAAUAAUGACCCUUCCUCUUGGUGUUUCUGUGGAGGACGUGGGCCAUUUUCGACAAUUCCGUCAGCGACUACCUCAUAUUGUGCCUUUUCGACAUUGCCCACGGAAACUAUUUCGCUGACUUCUAUAUCGACAUCCAUUGAUACUACGUGCUCGAUUACUACAGGCACAUUCACUGUUCCUGGCUCUGCAAGCACUACCAUAGAUACCUAUUGCCAAUGUGGCGAGACUAUGGCAGGCAUUGCAACGACCACCAGUGGCAGUGUUGUACUUGCAGGCUGCGAGGUUGGGACUCCCAUGCCCAUAGUCUCUACAGUCUCAACAAUCCCACCGCCCCCAUACCAAACCGGCACUUGCGACCUGCACAUCUUUGAAGCAUCCGAAAGCUACCAAGAUCCAUUAUAUGUACAGUUCAACAUCACUGAUGGUGCUAACAAUCUCCUCACCAGCCAAGACUUCCAAUUGAAAUGGGGUGAUAAUGCUACAGUUUCAGCCACAGACUCAAAAUUACCAUAUGAUAUUGAUGUUGAAUUUUUCAGGUCGGCUUCAGAAUCGAAAGUGAAGAGAGUAGGGUUUCCUCCUCCAGUCACCGUGAACUGGGAGAAUUGGAUUCUGGCUAUUACGGCUGGGGGCACCUCCUGGACCGACAAAGACAUUGACUCAUCGAAACUGCCGUAUUGCAGCGUCGGGAAAUGGGACAAUGGGGACUUCUGGGAUUGGCUGGAUAGCGUAAUUACCCUCGGUGGUGAUGAGCACUUGCCGGUGAGUUAA